CUGGUGCACGGCGAAGUGGUGCAAACCACAAAACCAGUCCUGCGACAGGAAGCGGCCUCGAGACCCAGCGCCCCCCUCGAGCCUGAGACCUCCCCCGGCCCCCGGCCCUCGGCCCCCCCUCCUCGUCCCCGCAUGCCCCUUCUACUAGCAGCCGCGGGGCCACCUGAUCCAGACAAAACGUGCCCAUCGUGUCAUUCUAGUGACGCAUACAAGUGCAUUGCACUAAUAAUAAUAACUCGGUUCCACGUCCGUGCAGCGGCGGGUGCGAGCGAGACGGAGUCGCGAAACUGGCUCAUUAAAAUAAAAAUCCGAUUUAAGAGUGCAACUCGCGCGGAGCGAAAUAAAAGUUUCCAACUAAAUUUGCUCGAGUUAUUCCAAAAAAGGUGCACGAAACGCCUCCGCGGCCAGAUACCGAGAUACAAGUGUGAAGAGAAACCGACCGCGAUAGCCUCAAACUACGCGCAGCCUCACGACUUACGGCUUUCGAUCAUGGCCAUGUUACACUAUAAUGUAUUGACGCCGCAACCACCAAUCCUACGACCUGGCAUUGAUGAAUAUGUCAUUCAUAUGUUUAACAUCACAGUCUUCAAUCAGCAAAGCUAA